AUCAUUCCUAGCCGGAUGGUUCGUUCACGGGCUGUGCGGAACUGUGCCUCGAGCGAUCGCUAAAGAACACCCGGGUGGUUGGCCCGCAAUUGCUAACGAAGCGCAGUGGUUCUACUCCGAUAUAAAGUGUGUAUUCGUGACGUUUUCCGGUUCCGUGUUGUUCGUUGGUGCAUUUCGUCGCAGUUUGAAGGGGGCUGCUGCAGUAGGCAGGACAGUCUGUGGGUGGGGUUUUUUUUUGGUUGGUUGCUGGUGCAAGGAUCAUUCACCUCCCCCCUGGCUACGGGUGCAUCCAUUCGUUUGCGUACUUUUAUGGCCUAUCGGCGAAGGCCGCCCAUGGGUGUGUGUCUUUUCGCUUGUGCAUCACAAAAUGGCGAACAGUUGCUGAAAGCGUUUGCGUUUCUGGGGGACUAAAAAACCAAACGCUCUCUCUCCCUCUGCCGCGGGUUCUGGUGUCGAAAACAUUCCAUUUCGCGUUGAAGUUAGCAUUGUGGAGCCAGGUUAGGAAACAAGGAUAGCGAGCGCGGGGUGUGACCGUUUGCGUGCCUUUGUUCGUUCUGUGGAAGAAGAAGGAGGUGGAAGGAGAAGGAGAGAAGAGAAAGCGCAUUUUACGACCGAGGCUCGAUUGGUCACUGAGUCACGACGCCGUAGGAAAGAUGCAACAGCCGUCGCCGUCGAUGCUGGUCGAGGUGGAGUCGCUGCUGGAUCGCCUCUACCAAGGGCAGGUGAGCAACGAGGAGAAGCAGCGGAUCGAGCAGCAGCUGCGGCAGUACCGGCGGACGUCCUUCAACUGGCGCUACUGUCUCGAGCAUCUGGACACGUUCCGCAACAACCAGUACCUGUGGUACUUUGCGGCCAGCACGAUCGAGGAGAUGAUCAGGGUUACCGCGACGUGGAAGCAGCUGGACCAGUCGGAGCGGCAGCAGGUGCUGCACGGGUUGCUGCGCGUGAUGCGCAGCUACCCGGCGGACGUGCCGCCGCUGCAGCGGGACAAGGUGGCGCACAUGCUGGUGCAGGUCGUCCAGAAGGCCGGCGGCAGCGACCCUGCGAACAGCUACGGCACGUUCGUGGAGGUGGCGGUGGAGCUGCUGCGCGACAAGUUCCAGCUCGGGCUGGCGCUGUGCCGCGCGAUCGGCGACAACGUGGGCCGGUUCGCGAGCGCGCCGGAAGACUUUGCGCAGACUGUGCAGCGGCACACGCCCCGCAUCAUGCACGAGGUGAACCGGUGCUGCGGGCUGUUCGCGAUGAUGGCGACGGGCAGCCCGACCGGCACGCCGCUCGAUGCGCUGCCGCCGGACUGCAAGCACCGCUACUGCAUCCAGCUGAUGGAGCUGGUGCACCAGUACUUCACCUGGAUGCGGCUGGACCAGCUGGACGCGGCGCUGAUUCGCAACGUAGCGAUGCUGGCGUGCGCCGGCGACCAGAAAAUGACCGACGCUGCGACCGGCAGCGUGAGCGCCCUCACCGAGCUGCUCCACCGGAACGAGUGCAUGGGGGUGGAGCCGGGUCGCCAGCUGGCCGAAGCGAUAUUUAGCAUUCUGGUGCACGUGACGCAGAAUUCGACGGACGAUUUCUACCAACUGCGCGUGUGUGAUCUGCUGCGGCAGUACAUGAAGCGGGGCUGGCCGCACGGCGAUCUGCUGCUGGCGCGCGGGGACGAGGUGCUGAUGAUGCUGUUCCGCUUCACAGUCGAUUGCGCCAAGACGGAGCUGGCGCUGUAUCUGGCCGACCGGGUCAGCCUGUGGAAGUACGUGCUGAGCGAGCCGCGGAUUCAGCUCAACCCACUGCUGGCCCAGCAGCUGCUGGGUUUCCUGCACUCGACGCUGUUCUUGAGGAACUUCCCGAUCUUGGAGCAGUUCCACACGAAGGAGCUGGAUGCGAAUUGUACCGAAAUGAAUCUGGAGCACUAUCACAAUCAAUGUUACGACCUGAUCAUACAGCUGGCACAGUUGCUGGCGCCGAACCAGCUGGAGGAGCUGAUGCAGUCGGUGCUGCUGUCGAACGGUGGCCACGCCGGCGAAGGCGGCAACCCCUACAUCGAGGGUAUGCAGCUGUUCCGCGCGAUGGUCGAAGCGCUCCGCGGCAACGGGUUAGCGCUCGGCCAGUACAGCGAGAAUCAGAUACGCUUCUGCAUGGUGGACUACGCUGCCGCCAGCCGGCUGGCGGUCGAGCUGACGCGCGCCGUCUAUAGCAGACUGGCGCCGGUCGACAAAUACGUCCACGAGGCGACGGUCGCCCACAUCCAACUGCUGGUCGAGCUGUCCGGGCUGCUACAGCCGCUGUUGCAGCUGUGCAAGCGCAUGAGACACGCGAAGAGCGUCUUUUCGGCACUGACGCAGCUGAUACUGGAAACGAUGCAUUACAUCCAGCUCGGGCCGGCGUCGAAUGUGCACGUGGCCGGCCUGGGCCAGACCGAACGCCGGAUCUCGCCGAUCGUAUCGAGCGAGAUGCUGCACGCGAUCGUGACCGAGCUGCCCCGCUAUCUGGUCGACUACCAGCUUCCGGCCGCCGACGCCGGCAGAUGGAUGGAGAUGGUGCGGGGCGCCCUCGAGCUGCUCGACCUGUUCCUGUCCAAGGCGCUGCUGGGACCGAGCACGAGCUCGCUCGUGCUGGAGCAGCUGAGCAAGUGCGGGGGCCUCGCGAAACUGCCCCAUCUGGACCGGGCCACGCGCGGCAAGGCGUACUGGGUGGUGUGCGGCUGCCUGCUGCAGGCGGAGCAGGAAAUGAUGCGGGAGCAGGGAGCCAUCGCGCCGGCAUCUAACAACAAUAACAACCCGACCAACGGGCUCCCGUCGGCGAUGCUGAACCAGUACGUCGGCACGAUUGCGCGCGGGCUGGUCGAGUUCCAGCCGGACCAGUGGGCCCAGUCACCGGGCGACGUCCAGAACCAGAUGGUGCGCGUGCUGGUGGGCGAACUGCGCGACCUGACCGAUCUGCUCGCCUACUUCGAGACGCACAGCAGCAGCACGAUGCGCAACCGGCUCGCGCACGCCAUGGCCCGACCGAUCGAGCAGAUGCUCGCCAUCUUCCGCGGCACGAGCGGCAGCCUGAUGGUGGCGAUCGACGCGACCGGCGUCGAGCUGGUCGACGGUCUGCUCGACUUCUGCAACCAGGCGGUGAGCGCACUGCAGUCCAAGCUGGACAUGCGCCAGCUGCAGCAGGUGAUCGACACGCUGCACCAGCUGUUCACCGCGGAGGAGCGGUACGGCAAGUAUCGGCUCCGGUCCGCGAAUACACUGCUCGGCAUGUUUCGCAAGCUGGUGCCGGAUCCGCGCAACCAGUCGCUGAUGCCGGUCAUUGUACAGGUGGUGCUGCAGCAGAUGCUGCCAGCCAUGGCGGACGACACCAGGUUUAACCGGGUGGAAGAUUCGUUCACCUACGAGGACGUGCUCGUCGAGCUGUACUCGCUGCUGAACGACCUGCUGCAUCACCGCUGGCAGUACUUCGUCGUGACCAACUCGAUGAUGUCGGGCGAGCCGGACCUGCGCACGAUCCUGCAGCCGGAAUCGUUCCUCGCGAUCAUGAACGCGUACGGGUACGUGCUGACGAGCCACACCCACUAUCCGCGGGUCGUGCGCUACGUGCUGAAAUCGCUCGCGAUGCUGGACGAGCGGCGCAAUCUCUUCCGGCUGCCGUUCUUCGUCGAGCGGCUCAUGGACGACUUUAUCCGGUCGCUGCUGGAGCUCGCCCUGUCCAACACGGGCAGCCUGCUGCUCGAGCAGAUCGCGAAAACGCUGCACGGCAUCUCGCGCGUCGACCCGCUCCGGAUACGGGUGGUCAUGUUCGGGCUGAAUCUGCCCACCGACACCACCACCUUCAACAUGCUGCAAGCGGCCGAUGAUCCACCAUCCUUUCAAGCAGUCAUCGAACGUAUGGUGAAAGAGGCAAACGCCCGUGCAUCAGAGCUGUGAAAAAACUAAACCGAACUAGGGGCAACACAUCUUGUCUUCUCGGUAGGGUUACCAUUACUUGGAGGAGCUUAUUGCAGGUUUUUUGUUGUGUCUUAAUUAUUCCUAUUCCUAUUAUCUUAUCCUAUUAUUAGCAUUUUAAUGAUUUGACUGCUUCUUUGACUGGCAUAACCGAUAUGUUAUGAUUGCUACUAGAACUAAGUACAGACCGCAUCGAUCCAAACCGUUGGAUCAGAAAGCUUUUGAUGUAUAUACAGCCUUUUUUUUCAUUUAUUUUAUUCCUUGAUCACAAAUGAUAACACCUCGCAGCUACGCGUAACUAGCUGCCGAAGGUGGAGCAAUCGUAUUAAUAAUAGUUAAAAUAGUUUUUUUGCUUUUAUUUAAAAAAAAAACGUAUUCCUUACACGCGGCAUUUAAUGCUGUGCACUGAACAACAAUUUUAGUUCAGUAAAAAGUUUCCUAGGAGAAGCAAACACGUGCAGGAGGGAGCGAUUGGUGUAAAUAGAAAAGUGAUGAAAGAGAGUAAAUAGAGAGAUAGUGUAUAUAUAGAAGUGAGGAACGAGAGACGGAGUGAAGUUGUAUAUAGAGAAGUGAGGAACGAUUGAUGAAAGAGAUAGAGAUAUAUAGGUAUAGAGAGGUAAGAGGUAAGAGAAGAGAGAGAGAG